AUGGAUCGUAGCAACAAGCCUGCCUCAAUUGGCGUCGGGGCGUCUAUUCCUCAGCCGACUGUCAAAGUUAAUGGAAAUGCCAUUGAGGCCACACUUCCAACAGGAGAGUCGGUGUCGGUGCAUCUGUAUGGCGCUACCGUCACCUCAUGGAAGCUCGCCAAUGGACAAGAACAGCUGUUUGUCAGUUCCAAGGCUAUCUUGGAUGGAUCCAAAGCUAUUCGCGGUGGUAUCCCCGUUGUAUUUCCGGUCUUUGGCCCACCACCUCCAAACCACGCCACGUCAAGUCUUCCACAGCAUGGAUUCGCUCGCUCGCAGAACUGGGAGUUUCUCGGAAAGUCGUCGUCGGAAUCACUCGGGAAGAAGGAUUCUACGGUCAAGCUAGACUUUGGCCUGUCGUCUAGCAUGUUGAGUGAGCAGUUUCGCAAGGCGUGGCCAUACGAAUUCGGACUUGUAUACAGCGUCAUUCUCAGCCCGGAGAGCCUGGAAACAUCUAUACACGUCCAAAACAAAGGAUCUCAACCAUUUGACUUCCAUGUGUUGCUGCACAACUAUUUCAAAAUUCCUGACGUCUCGAAAAUUCGUGUGCAGAAUCUCCAGAGCUUGACCUAUACUGACAAGACGGACAAUGCGAAGAACAAGCAGGAAACCUCCAAGGAAAUAUCCAUUACAGGCGAGACUGAUCGUAUCUACUUGGAUACCGACCCCACUGCUCCCGUUAGUAUUACACAAGAUGGCAAAGCUCUCUUCUCAAUCACCAGAGAGGGUCUCAACACGGUCACGGUCUGGAACCCUUGGGUGGAGAAGGCUAAGGGCAUGAGUGACUUUGGGGAUGAGGAAUAUAAAGGCAUGGUUUGCGUCGAGCCUGGUGCUGUCAAGAGCUGGCAAGUGUUGGAGGGAGGCGAUGCUUGGGAAGGCACUCAGACUAUCCGACCAAGGCUGUAA